AACGACAAAGCACCUUUGAUUUGUGCGGUACGAUAUGUCUUUUUUCGACAAUCACUACUAUUAUCCCAACAAAAUAUUGCUUUCCAUAAUUGGCCAAUGGCCAUUUCAGUCGCGACUGGAGGGUAACAUAAUGUUCGCCGUUACAUUUAUAUCCUUUGUCAGUUAUGCAUUCAUUGAGAUUUGGGGCUUAAUAGCUGGGAUAUCGGAUUUGAAUAUCAUCAUGGAGAAUUUUUCGCCAUUUCUAGUGCUAUGCUACCUCAUUAUAAAUCUCUUAUACUGUGCAUUUACUAAAGACAAAAUGAAAGUGUUUCUGGAGAACAUCGAAGAGACGUGGAAGAUGAAACCUGCGGGUCCAGAAAAAGAAAUAUUACAGUGUUACGCGGAGAAAAGCAGGGCUUUCACGAUACAAUUUGUGAUUGCUCUUUACGUGACAUUUGUCUUCUACACAAUGCCAUCUGGUGUCGCGAGAUGGAUGUAUAAGCUUUUCCCGACAAACGAAACAUACAGGGGCAAGUUUAUGUACCGUAUCGAACACGUUCUUGACAUGGACAAAUAUUUCAACCUGUUGAUGCUUCACGGGACUAUCGCCGUAUUCUUCAUGGUUUCCGUGGCAAUAGGCGUCACUACUGUGUUCACACUUUGUACUCUGCAUAUCUGUGCAUUGUUCGAAUGCAUACGAUAUAACGUAGAAUGUAUACGAAGCACGGAUCCCGUGUUACUUGAGCCCAAUAUUAAGGAUGAUGAAAUGUAUCAUGACUUAAUUGCCUGCAUUAAAUCCUACAAACAUGCCUUAAAACUUUCUGAUAUACUUACAUCUACCUAUACGUUCGCCUUUUUCUUUCAUUUGGGAGAUGUAGUUAUAAGCAUGAGCUUUGGUGCGGCUGAGGUAAAUAUCAAAAUUAAAUAUAAGAACUUAAACUAUUCUUGUGUUUUUAUACAUGUAGAGUAUCUAAUAAUGUUGUGCUUUAAGUUGAUACUGGUAGACAUAGAACUGGAUGCAAUUCUCAGAAUUGUCAUUUGUAAUUUAGCCCAAUUGUUUCACAUGUAUUGUUUGUGUAUGAUUUCUCAAAAAUUGACCGAUCAUAGCAGCGGAGUUCACGAUGUAAUUUACAGCUGCGAUUGGUAUAGAAUGUCAUUAAGAUCGAGACGUCUCGUGAUGCUUACAUUAAUGCGUUCUAAUAAGCCGUAUCAAAUAAAAGCUGCUAAGAUGUUUGUAAUGUCGAUGGAGACCUUUAGCUCAAUACUAAAAGCAUCUUUAUCCUACUUCACGGUUCUUACGUCUAUGCAAACAGAUUAGUAAAUUAGAAGUUUAUAAUGAAAUUACAAAUGUGUAUAUAGGCACUUGAUAAUACAUGUUAAUGUCAUUAUUGUAUUCUUAUUUUAUACAGAAUGUUUCUAGAUAAUUUUGUUUAAAAUAAUUGUGAAAUUGUAGGAGAUAUAAAAAAAUGUUUUAAAAAUAAAAUUUGUUCUGUUUCGAAGAAAAAACCACGAUCAUGGACGUAGUUCUUCUAAAUGCAGCCGGUUCUAAGAUUUUAAGGUAAUAUUAUUUUUUUUAAUGCAAUUAUAAAACUUUUUACAUAGAAUAUAAACGACAUUUUACAAUGGCUGCAAAAUGAAUUACAUUUAAAUUAAAAACCGCUAACGGAAUAAAUAUAUUCUGAGAAUUUUAUUUAUUGUGAUAAGCAUUUAAUUAAAAAUUAAUUAAUAAGUAAAAAUAAACAUUAUUAGAAUUUUAAAAAUUGAAAUUUUUGAUAAUAUAUAUAGGAACAAAAAUACUUUUGUUUAAUUAAAAUAUUUUUAUAAUUACAUUUGUGACAUACACAGAAACUAUAAAAUUUCAUAUGAUCAAUAAUCACGUGUCAUUCGUAUUUAAUGAUGACAUUAACAUAACAUACGAAACGGUCGUUCUCAUGAGCUUAAAAAAUAUAAUAGAAUAUUAAA